ACAACUGACUAGCCUAUCAGUGGCGGGCGCAUCGUGAGCCGCUGCGUGAUAACAAUAUGCAACCCAGCAUGAGAUGAUAGUUCUGGGGCCUGAUACAAUCAGUUGUGGAACUUGAGGCUUCUUACAAAUUACCUUUGUAGGUAAUACCGCUCUCGUAGGGGCGGAUGUCGUAUUUGGGUUCCAACGACCUAAGGCGAAGGGACUGAUUAACAAUCAGGUGUGGGCGGCCGGGUUCACGAUUCCCCAUUAAACAUCCCCUUAGUACUCACUUUUAACAUUAUACAUAUGAGAGGUGCUUUACCUUGGAAACUGACCUUGGGAGCCUGCCUAUUGCUCAAUAAUAUUCUGCUUAUAAACGUUGCCCCUUGUAGACUUCUGUAUCAAGGCCAACCCCCAUCGGCUAAUACCCCUUCCGUCGUAAACUUAGACUUUCAUGUUCAUGAGUGUGUUUAAACUCUUAUCUUACAUGGUCUCUUUCAUCCCCAUCUAAACGAUCCCGUCGGGCCUCUUCGGCUUGACUUGUGCUACCCGUCUGCUGGCAAGGCAGCAACGGCGCAUCUCUUUGUCUCACUUAGCUCGCAGCAAGCUUUCAAGGCCGGGCUAUUCAAAUAGUCCAUCCGACCGCCAUGUGGGCUACUCAGAUUAAUGGCGAAGGUCAUCGCCGUAGAGAAUAUGGCAUGGCUCCAAACCAAUGGCAUCGCGACGACCCGCCCCCCGAUGCUGGCAGAUCGAAUGCGACUGACCCUACAGGAAACCAUGGGGAAGGUGAUGGAUCAUCCGAGUCUGAUGCGGCUGGAAACGGGGAGGGGACUUGGGGCGAGCGGGACGUUGGAGGAUUUGGUGAGCAUGAAGCUAUGGAAGAAUUGGAGGUGUUAAGGCACAACCUCUCACAAAUGCAUAGAACGAGAACGCGCGACACACAGGCGAGCAAGCACUUUGACUUGACCCAAGUUCGCAGUCGUCUAAGCGAAGCACCCAACAACCUGUCAAGACCACACACCAAGCAGACUGAGCCCAAGGGCGACGAGCAGGUUACCGUGGCCGAAGAGGAAUUCGAACUAGGCAAGUUUAUGCGGGAUGGCCACUUCGAGAAGCGGACUGAGUCUUCUGAAAAGCGAGUCGGUGUUGUUUACAAGCACCUCACCGUGAAAGGCGUUGGAUCCUCGUCUUCCAUCGUCCGAACGGUCCCAGAUGCCAUCAUUGGAACCUUUGGGCCUGAUUUGUAUCACAUCGUCUCACGCUACAUACCUUUCCUCCGAUUCGGUAGAAAGCCGCAGACACGCACGCUGAUCAACGACUUUGUCGGCUGUGUGCGAGAUGGCCAGAUGAUGCUGGUCCUGGGUCGCCCCGGAUCCGGAUGCAGCACCUUUCUCAAAGCCGUCAGCAACGACACCGAGUCCUUCGCUGGUGUCGAGGGAGAGGUUUCCUACGGUGGAAUCCCAGCCAAGCAGCAGAAGCAGAUCUAUCGAGGUGAAGUCAACUAUAAUCCCGAAGACGACAUCCAUUUUGCCUCGCUCAAUGUUUGGCAAACCCUCACUUUCGCGCUCAUGAACAAGACGAAGAGGGCGGCCAAGGAGGAAAUCCCAGUCAUUGCCAAUGCGCUGAUGAAGAUGUUUGGUAUCAGCCAUACCAAGUACACACUCAUUGGCGACGAGAAUAUCCGGGGCGUGUCGGGUGGUGAGCGCAAGCGUGUGUCUAUCGCGGAGACGCUGGCCUCCAAGUCCACUGUCAUGGCUUGGGAUAAUUCCACCCGUGGAUUAGACGCCUCAACGGCUCUCGAUUACGCAAAGUCGCUCCGCAUCAUGACCGACAUCACCAAUCGCACAACCCUCGUCACACUCUACCAAGCUGGUGAGGGUAUCUACGAGCUCAUGGACAAGGUACUAGUCAUCGACCAAGGGCGGCAAAUAUUCUCCGGGCCAGCCAAGGACGCGAAGCAAUACUUCAUCGACCUCGGGUUCGAAUGUCCGGAGCGGCAAACGACGGCGGAUUUCUUGACAGCCGUCACCGAUCCCAGGGAGCGACGAUUCAGGCCCGGCUUUGAAGACAGGGCGCCCAAGACCCCCGAGGAGCUGGAGGAGGCUUUCCGCAAGUCGCCGAACUACCAAAAGUUGCUCGAAGAUGUGCAGGAUUACGAAGAGCACCUCCGCAAGACCGAGUAUGUCGAUGCGAAGAGGUUCGACAACGCGGUGCAGGCAGCCAAGUCAAAGCACGUCGGCGAGAAGUCACCGUACACCAUCUCCUUCACCCGCCAGGUGUUGGCCAGCACCAAGCGAGAGUUCUGGCUGCUAUUUGGCGACAAGGCGGCUCUUUGGACCAAGCUGUUCAUCAUUAUCUCCAACGGGUUCAUCGUCGGCUCGCUUUACUACAAGCAGCCCUUCUCAACCGCCGGAGCCUUUACUCGUGGCGGUGCGCUGUUCUUCUCCAUCAUCUUCCUUGGCUGGCUUCAGCUGUCGGAGCUCAGCAAGGCGGUUGCGGGGCGGGAUAUCGCCGCUCGCCAUCGGGACUAUGCCUUCUACCGCCCCUCUGCUGUCUCGAUCGCCCGCGUCAUCCACGAUAUUCCUGUCGUCUUCGUGCAGGUCUGCAUCUUUGGCUUGACCAUGUACUUCAUGACCAACCUCGAUGUCGAUGUUAGCAAAUUCUGGAUCUAUAUGUUGUUUGUUUAUGCCACGACCAUCAUGAUCACGGCCCUGUACCGCAUGUUCGCGAGCUUGUCGCCCGAGAUCAACACUGCCGUGCGCUUCUCCAGUACCGCCCUCAACUUACUUGUUAUCUACACUGGCUACGUCCUUCCCAAGACCAAGCUCCUGAACGACUCUAUCUGGUUCGGCUGGCUGUACUGGGUGAACCCGAUAUCGUACAGUUUUGAGGCGGUCUUGACGAACGAGCUCUCGAACAGAGUCAUGGACUGCGCGCCUGCACAGCUCGUACCCCAAGGCCCGAAUGUUCUCCCUGAAUACCAGGGCUGCGCUCUCACCGGUUCCAAACCCAAUUCUCAUGAGGUCCCGGGAAGCGAUUACCUGGAAGCCGCCUUGAGCUACAGCCGCUCGAACCUGUGGCGCAACUUUGGCGUCGUGAUUGCUUUCCUGGUUUUGUACGUCGCCAUCACGGUCGUCGCUACGGAGAUGUUCGACUUCUCAUCGGAGGGCGGCGGUGCGCUGGUCUUCAAGAACAACAAAAAGGCCAAGAAGGAAGUGCAGAAAGCCACUGCCCCGUCGGACAUCGAGAAUGGAGGCAAUAGCAGCAGCAAGUCUUCGGCAACGAGAGUUGGCGAGUCUGGGAACACUACUUCUGAGGAGCAAAAUGAGACGCUGGAGCAGCUGACCAAGAGCGACUCUAUCUUCACAUGGCGAGAUGUGGAGUACAGCGUACCGUAUCUCGGAGGCGAGCGCAAGUUACUAAACAAGGUCAACGGCUACGCGAAGCCCGGUAUCAUGGUUGCUCUGAUGGGCGCUUCUGGUGCUGGCAAAUCCACACUCCUGAAUGUCCUAGCCCAGCGCCAGCGUGUUGGCGUUGUCACCGGUGAAAUGUUCGUCGACGGGAAGCCCCUUGGCCUCGAGUUCCAGCGGAACACGGGCUUCUGUCUUCAAGGAGAUAUCCACGACGGCACUCAAACCAUCCGCGAAGCUAUUGAGUUCUCUGCGCUUUUGCGACAGGAAGCCUCCAUCCCCCGAGACGAGAAGAUCGCCUACGUAGACAAGAUUAUCGACCUGCUUGAGCUAAACGAUCUGGAAGAUGCCAUCAUAAGCUCUCUCGGCGUUGAGGUGCGCAAGCGCCUUACCAUCGGCGUCGAGCUCGCCGCAAAGCCCUCUCUGCUCCUCUUCCUCGACGAGCCAACAUCCGGUCUAGAUUCCCAAUCCGCCUACUCCAUCGUCACCUUCCUCAAGAAGCUCUGCGCUGCCGGCCAAGCUAUCGUGUGCACCAUCCACCAGCCCAGCUCAGCUCUGAUCCAGCAAUUCGAUAUGGUGCUAGCUCUCAACCCCGGCGGAAACACAUUCUACUUCGGCCCCAUUGGCGAGAACGGCAAAGACGUUAUCAAGUACUUCGCUGACCGCGGCGCCACUUGCCCUACCGGGAAGAACGUCGCCGAGUUCAUCCUCGAGACGGCGGCACGCCCACAUAAGCGUCCCGACGGCACCAAGGUAGACUGGAACGAAGAGUGGCGGACCAGCGAGCAGGCACAGCACGUCAUCGAAGAAAUCGACGGCCUCAAGCGCGUGCGCAGCACAGCCACCCAACCUAACAACAACAACAACAACAACAACAAGCAACUCUCCUCCUCCUCUUCGUCGCAUGAGCAAAAGGAAUACUCGGCGCCGGUGUUUCUGCAGAUCUCGGAGCUGACGAAGCGGAUCUUCCGGCAGUACUGGCGGGACCCGUCGUACGUGUACGGCAAGUUCUUCACGGCGGUGGUGAUCGGCAUCUUCAACGGGUUCACGUUCUGGCAGUGCGGGCACUCGAUCCAGGACAUGCAGAACCGCAUGUUCACCAUCUUCAUGAUCGUCACCAUCCCCGCCACCGUCGUCAACGGCGUCGUCCCCCAGUUCGACGACAACAUGGCCCUCUGGCAGGCCCGCGAGUACCCUUCACGUAUAUAUGGCUGGCUCGCCUUCUGCACGGCGAACGUGGUCGCAGAGUUGCCCGCGGCCGUCAUUUCGGGCGCCCUGUACUGGGCGCUGUGGAUUUGGCCGGCGGGCAUUGCGGCAACGAGCGAGGCGGCGGGAUACACGUUCUUGAUGACUGUGCUGGUCUUCCUGUUCAUGAACAGCUGGGGGCAGUGGAUAUGCGCGUUCACCCCUAGCUCCACCGUCACCGCAAAUGUGCUCCCCUUCUUCUUCGUCAUGUUCGGUCUGUUCAACGGCGUCGUCCAGUCCUACUCCAUGCUGCCCGUCUUCUGGAGCUCCUGGAUGUACUGGGUCAACCCGGCGACGUACUGGAUCGGCGGGAUGCUGGCCGCCACAAUGGACGGCGUCCCAAUCCAGUGCGACCCCUCGGAGACCGCGCAGUUCGACGUGCCCCCGAACCAGACCUGCCAAUCGUACGCGGGCGAGUUCGCCCAGGCUGCCGGCGGCUACUUGCUUAACCCCGAUGCCACCAGCGGCUGCCAGUACUGCCAGUACAGCGUCGCUAACCAGUAUCUCGCCACUCUUAACAUUGAAGCUAGCGAGAAAUGGAGAGACCUUGGCAUUUUCGCGGCCUUCUGCAUCUCUAACUGGGCGCUCGUGUACUUCUUCAUCUACACGGUGCGCGUCCGCGGCUGGUCAUUCGGAUUCAACUCCGUAGGCAGUGCUGCCGGCAAGCUUGUCAGCGCGGCGAAGAAGCCGUUCAAGAGGUCACCCAAGAAGGACCAGGACUAG